AUGGACAUUUUGAUAUUCUCUUUUAGCACAUGCACGAAGUCAAAGGAUAAAUUUCUUCAAAAUUUCGCGGAAAACCGUUUUCAUUCAAAUAUGAUAAAGCGUCCACAUUGCUUCUUCGACGUCAACAUUGAUAACAAAUCUGUAGGCAGAAUCAUUUUCGAGCUCUUCAGUGAUAUAGUUCCAAAGACAUCAGAGAAUUUCAGAUGUUUAUGCACUGGUGAAAAAGGAAAAGGCAAAAAUGGAAUGCCUCUUCACUACAAAGGCACACAGUUCCAUCGUAUUAUCCCUAAUUUCAUGAUUCAGGGUGGAGAUAUCAUCAAUUUCAAUGGUACUGGCGGUGAAUCAAUCUAUGGAUACACAUUUCCAGAUGAAAACUUCUAUGUAAAGCAUGAUAACCCAUAUAUACUCUCAAUGGCAAAUGCUGGACAGAAUACAAACAGCAGCCAGUUCUUUAUUACAACAGUAAAGACUCCACAGCUUGAUGGAGAGCAUGUUGCAUUUGGCAGAGUCGUUAACGGCUUCGAUGUCGUCGAAAAGAUCCAAGAAUGUAGAUCAGAUGACGGAAAACCAAAAUUUGUUUGCGAAGUUGCCGAUUGCGGCCAAUUCGACUAA